AUGGGUUUGCUUUGGUCUCAUGCUCUUCGAAUUUAUUAUAUGAAUUGUGUUCAUAAGAUUCCAGAUGACUAUAUAUGUAAGAGGUGGACUAAGGCUGCUAUGUGUAGUCAUGGCCUUGAUGAACCUACAAUGAAAACCAAUGUAGUAUCUACAAGUGUUUGGAGGACACAAACACUAAGGAAAUUGGUUAAGUUGGUAACAAGUUGUCAACACUCUUUGAAUGCUAGAGCAGAGGUUGAAUGUUAUUUCAAUCUUUUAAAAGAAAAGAUUGAGAGUGUUACUGGUACUAUUGAUUUUAAUGAACCGGUUGAAGGUAUUGAAAUUGUUGAUCAUGAAGUUAAGAAUCCGGCAAAAUCAAGACCUAUUGGAGAGAGGAAUUAUAGGCCUAAGAGUAAUUUAGAGAAGGCUUAUAACAAAGCCAGGGGUCAGUGGAUGAAGAAAAAGUCAGUAUACACUCCUUAUAAAAGAUCUAAAGGUCAAGCAGUAGUUCAGGAAUUGGACGAGAAUGGGUGUCCUAUAUCUUAUGCUAAUUCUUUGGCUGAUCCUAAUGAGUUAAUUGUGAUUGAAGAUCCAAGUGCUCAGGUAAAAACUUAUUUUCUUUUUUUUUUAUCUGUUUUUAUCAAAUUCUUUAGAAUAUAAAACAUUUUUACUUUUAAUUUUUUUUCAAGGUUGGUAAUAAAAAGACUGCCAUUGUAGAAGAUAUCCCUUCAGAUUAUAGUGUUUCAAAUGACUUUGAACAGGUAUUAUGUAAAUGAUUAUGUAUGUAAUUUUAGUUGUUCAUUUCAGUAGUUUAAGUUCUGAUUAUAAUGUUUUUAUAAUUUUCAUUUUAUUAUAGGAAUAUGGAUAUAUCUCUAUGCAAUCAAACGUUACUGUUGAUCCAGACAUAUCUUCUAUUGUUAAGGUGAAAUAUUAAUCAUCUACCUUUUAAUUUUGUAUAAGGUCAUUAUGAAUUUUGAAUUUGAUCAUUAAUUAUUUUAAU